UUCUCAUCUGGGUUGCCUCUAACUUCUUGGAUUUUGCCUUGAUUUUAUUCAGAUUUGGUUUUUCGAGUUGAAGGCUCAGAUUCUUCUGGUUUCCAUUUUGGAGUUGGGUUGAGUGAGUUGGUGGAGUAGCUGCUGUUGUUGAUCCACCAAUGGCUUUUCACUUCUUUUUUCUCGUUGUGGCAUCUCUAUCUGUUAUUUCGGCUCAAAAAAUUGAAGAUGUUGUGAUUGUAGUCAAUGGAACUCAAGCUAUUGCUAAUACAGAUGCCAAUUAUGUCUGUGCGACAGUCGAUUGGUGGCCUCCUGAUAAGUGUAACUAUAGGCUAUGCCCAUGGCAUUCUUCAUCGAUCAUAAAUUUGGACUUAUCUCAUCCUACUCUUGUGAAUGCUAUUCAAGCUUUCAACCGCCUGAGAAUAAGAGUAGGAGGAUCUCUGCAAGAUAGAGUACUGUAUGAUGUAGGAAAUAUGGAAACCCCUUGCCAUUCAUUUAGCAAGAUGGAAGAAGGGCUGUUCGGGUUUUCAAAGGGGUGCUUGCACAUGGAUAGGUGGGAUGCAGUGAACCACUUCUUCAAUAAGACAGGCAUAAUUGUGACAUUUGGCUUGAAUGCACUGAACGGGAGGCACCAGAUGAGUAAGAGACUCUGGGGAGGAGACUGGAAUUCCAGUAACGCGAAGGAUUUCAUAAAGUACACUAUUUCCAAAGGCUACCGGAUAGAUUCAUGGGAAUUUGGCAAUGAGUUAAGUGGCACUGGUGUUGGUGCAAGUGUUGAUGCUGAACAGUAUGCAAGAGACUUGAUCAAAUUUAAUACUCUAAUCGACGAGUUGUAUAAGGACUUCAACCCGAAACCCAAACUUGUGGCUCCAGGAGGAUUCUAUGAUGAGCAAUGGUUCAAUAAGCUCCUUCAGGUUUCAGGGUCACAGGUGAUCAAUGCUGUGACACAUCAUAUGUACAAUCUGGGAGCAGGGGUUGACCGAAAUCUCAUUAGUAGAAUUUUGGAUCCCUAUCAUUUGAACAAGGCUGCAGAAACAUUUAGGGAACUUAAACAAACCAUUAAAACCCAUGGUCCUUGGGCUGCUGCAUGGGUUGGAGAAUCUGGGGGGGCAUAUAAUAGUGGUGGGCGCAACGUGUCCAACACCUUUGUGAACAGUUUUUGGUACCUCGAUCAGCUUGGGAUGGCAGCUAAAUAUGAAACUAGAGUGUAUUGCAGACAGACUUUGAUCGGUGGAUAUUAUGGUCUCCUUGACGCUAUAACAUUUGUUCCCAACCCCGACUACUACAGUGCACUUCUGUGGCAUUCGCUGAUGGGAAAAGAAGUACUUGCUGUUGAUAGCAGCGCUUCGCCAUACUUACGCACCUAUGCCCAUUGUUCGAAAGGAAGAGCAGGCAUAACUUUACUUGUGAUCAAUUUAAGCAACCAGACUGAGUUCCACAUUAGUGUUCAAAACAGUAUAAACAGCGACCUCCGAGUGGAAGAAGCGACCAGUAACCAUAGCAACUCUUUCGUGCAUGGCCUCAAGAAUUCGGUGUCGUGGGUUGGAAGGAAAGCAUCAGACAAUGGACCAUUGCUCCGAGAAGAGUAUCAUCUAACACCGGAGAAUGGGAACCUUCUAAGCAGAACCAUGUUGCUGAAUGGAAAACCCUUGCAGCUGACUUUAACUGGAGACAUUCCCAGUCUGAAACCAGCUCUUAUUGACAUGAACUCUCCAAUGCUGAUUGCUCCUUUGUCCAUUAAGUUAGUACUCCCCUAUUUCGAGGCUUUCGUGUGCAAGUGAUUACUUAAACCACACAUGGUGUGGCCUGUUUCAAUAUUGUAGCUCAGAUCCGCAAGUUGUUUAUUGUUUUUCCUUGUAUUUUUUGCUGUUCUUUGACAUGCAAUGGAAGAGAAGACUUCAUUGCAGAUUCAUAUGUUUAUAGUGAUGCAGAUGCUGCAACCUGUGAUUCCUUUCACAUU